GAGGGAGAGUAGCCCGUCAGUGGAUGUGACACGCUUACAAAUACACAGAAAACAAGCCAGCAAGCAGCAGGAAACCAUGAUCGGGCUCCAGCAGCGUGUUUAGUGUGCUCGAUUCAACCAGACAGCGGACUCUUGUGAUAUUCUUCAGCCUUCCCGAGUCGUCCGAGGCAGCCGCAGCAACAUGGUGAAGCAGUCGGACCGAGCCCCGCUGCUGGACUGGGAGGAGAUCCCACCGCCCGAUCCGAACCAGGCGGCCCCGCCGCCGCCUUCGCCUCCGCGGGAGGAAGACGCACCCCCGGAGAAAAGUUCGCAGCCCGCCGGGCGACGCACACCAACAGCGGCUGGUACUGGGUGGAGCAGCAGCACCGCCAUCACCCGCAGUCCGAAAGAGAGUGUAACAGCUGUUGUUGUUAGCGAGGACGGAAGCCCGAGCUGCCCGCGGACGGUGCUGUCUGGCCACGGCUGGGAUCGCCCGCAGCCUCUCGGUACAGAUCGUGCCGUUCCCUUCCCCGGCCUCUCGGUGAGGGAUCAGUGGGAGGAAAAAGACCAGAUCGUGGCUGUGUUUGUGGUUACCUUUGAUACAAGAUCAGGGAAUAUGGUAGAGUGGUGCCUGCCUCACGACAUCAACCUAGACGGAGUUGAAUUCAAGUCAAUGGCAAGCGGUUCUCACCGGAUCACAAGCGACUUCAUAUAUUUCCGUAAAGGCUCUUACUUUGGGCUGGCCUGUUUUGCUAACAUGCCUGUGGAGAGCGAGCUGGAGCGAGGAGCGAGGAUGAAGUCUGUGGGAAUUCUGUCUCCCUCCUACACCCUGCUUUAUCGCUACAUGCACUUCCUGGAGAACCAAGUGAGACACCAGCUGCAGUGUCCAGGCCAGUAUUCUCCACUGGAGGCCUUCUAUGAGGAUAAGAAGGCUGUCCUUCCCCCUGCAGGAAAUGGUCUGGUCACCGCUUGCCCAACCUGGAGUGUCACCACCAUCAACCGCUGCAUGCAUCCAGAGAUGAAGAUCACCCACCCAGCUGGCUGCAUGUCCCAGUUCAUCCAGUUUUUCGGGGAGCAGAUAAUGGUGCUGUGGAAGUUUGCGUUGCUUAGGAAACGCCUCCUCAUCUUCUCCCCUCCACCUGUGGGUGUGGUCUGCUACAGGGUGUAUUGCUGUUGUUGCCUGGCCAAUGUCUCUCUUCCUGGAAUCGGUGCCUCUGCGCCUGAGUUACGGCCUUUCUUCUACAUCAACGUAGCUGACAUCACUGCCCUGGAAACGGAGAUGUCAUAUGUGGCCUGCACCACAGAGAAGAUUUUCGAGGAGAAGAAAGAGCUGUACGACGUCUACAUAGAUAACCAGAACGUGAAAACGCACAGAAGCCAUUUGCAGCCGCUGCUGCGACUAAAUGCAGCAGAUAAGGAGAAGUACAGGAAACUGAGCGAACAGAGGCAAAUGUUGCUGUACUCUCAGGAGGUGGAUGGAGACUGCACAUCAAACGAAGAGGAUCUUUUCAUUCUGUUCUUUAUGGAGCUGAAUAACUGCAUCUUCCAGACCCUGUCUGAGGUAGCAGGGAGCGGUGAUCCCACCCUCACUGCUGAGCACGUGAGGGCCAUGGGGCUGGAUCCCCAGGGUGAUCGCGCCUUCCUGGUCGACCUGCUGGAGGUGUACGGUAUUGACGUCACGCUGGUCAUAGACAACCUCUGCUGUCCCUGAGGGCCCCUCAGCCUGGAAAACCAGAGCACCACUGGAUAUUCGUGCCUUCAAGGCCCACAUACACCAAGACACUGAAGACACUGCCUCCACCCUGGGACUUCAUCUGUUGCCUGCAGUCCCCUUGUGGGUGUCUGUUUUCCCACCGUGUGUGUCUCAUCUGACCUGUGGAGACUGUUUCUAGCCAGUGUGGAUGAUGAGGACACUUUGUGCACUGGUCCAUGGUGGCUGAUAAACACCUGCCUAGCAGACAGUGAUGCUGGGCAGCAGUGAGCUCUUAUAGCCAUUCACACCAAUAUUUGUUUGUGUGUUCUUGUGUUGAUUCCGGCUUAUGUGGCCAUGACUGAAGCACUGGAUAAAAACUGGAAGUCUUGAUCAGGUGUGGUCAUCACAGCAGGAUGAUUGGUGGUUCCCCUCCAUACCCAUUACAGUGAAGAAGUCCCUGAAACAUUCACACUCCUGCAGCUUUGGUGUCCACUUUGUCUGAAGAAAAAGAUUCAUAUUAUGUGGGUGAGGUUUUUUUUUACUGCUGGAGAUGAAUCUGUGUGCUUCAAAUACAUUUUUUAGGAGAUUCUAGCCGUCAUAAUGUGAAAGAAAUUCAAACAAUACCAUACUUUCUGAUUCUGUUUCUUGCUCUGAUGAAGCAUGGGGAGUUCAUACAUGAAAUGCUUUUUCACCACUUUAUUCGCCUUUCAGAAAGGCAGCAAUAUGACUUUAUGUGUUAGUUGAAAAUAUCAGCCUUCUUCACAUAUCACUUUUUUUUGCUAAUUAUGUCACAACUGAAAAUGAGCGGUGAGGUGAAAUACGUUUGUUUGCUGAUGAGUGUUUUUAUAAUGGGGAUGGUUCGUCUGACCGACAGAACGGGAAGGAUAAACUGUUGAAGUACUCUGUUUACCUUGAUGCACCUUCAACACGAGGUAGCUCUGAUCACGUGUCCUUGUUUGAUCAUGGCUGAUGGAAGUGUUGUGAAAACUUUGUCGUGUUACAUGUUUUACCUUCAUAUGUUGUGAUCAGCUGAGGUUCUUGAAUUAUAAGUGAAUGUGACCCUACAGUAUAACACUAACUUAUCAUGAACGCUGCACCAUGUCUGCCGCCGGGCUGUUUCCUGAUUCACACGGCGACCAUGCUGAACUGUACCUUUUUAAAAAAAAAAAAAAAACUGACUGAGAGGUUGAGCCAGCAAGUGUGUGUGUGUGUGUUGUGCUGUAUACAGGCUUUCAUUGUUUGCUUCAUUGACCCGAGCCAGAGGCUGCUUCAUCAGCGGAAGCUAAUAUACCAUCUGCGAUCCUGUUGAAUGAAGAGUCCUUGAUGGAGCCGUUUGUAGUUUUCUUGUUUAUCAGCUUCAAAGAGAUCCUCUCCGCUUGUCUACAGCAUUGACAAAGAUCUCUUUGUGGUUUUGGAGAUGUGGCGUUGGUCACGGUGAGGGCUGAGCAGAAGCUUUAACUCCUCCUCUAUUGACAGAUUGACAGAGUCUGUUCCAGCUGAGGGUUUCUCUCAGUCUUUUCAUCACGGUCCCAUUGAGGGAAUCCAGCUCCAGAGAUGGGCCAGCUCUGUCUUUUCAGUAACCCUGGCAGGCUGGUUCAGUUCAUCUCGCGUUGCUGGUCAGAGCAAUAAUUUGUUCCAUGUUGGAACAUGAGGCUGAUGCUCACCUUGUAUACAUUUGGAGUAUUGGUUCUCAACCUCCUUAUGCCCCCUGUUUUUUUAAAAAAAACAUGUAAUUCAGUGGUUUAUACUUUUUUUUUUUCAUUAUCACAUUCCAGAAAUGAUCUUUCAUGAUCUUAUAGCCUGUACUGUUUUGUCUUGACCGCCCCCAAAGAUGUUGUCUGGGUUGGUUUAAAAAAGUGCCGAAGUAUUGCAUUUGAAGGACAAAAACUUUAAACUUGAAAUGGGGCCUUAAAGAAAUGUGAUUUUCUCAAACUUACUGCAACAAAGUGACUGACUCAUUUCAACAGUUCAACACUUCUGAAUGACCUUACUGUCUCCAGUGAAACCUGUUGAUACUGACUGGUCUAUUUACCUGUCAGCAAACAGAAACUCUGAAGGUGUUUGCUUUCCCGGUGUACGUUAAAUGUAAAAGGGAAUGUGCACAACACACACCACUGUAUAAAAUGCCUUGGAUGUGGAGCCAUUCACAGAUGUGUACCAGCAUUAGCUAAAUGAGUCGUUUGUGCAGCGUAUCACUCUACUGAAUGUCAAAGACAGCAAAAGUAUUGCACACAUGCAGCAACACAUCCCAGUAGUGUUUUCUUCCUGAUUGUAAUGUAAAUCAAGAGCAUUGACAGAAUAACAAAGAAGUCUUCACAUUCACUCAUGUGAAACACUGUAAGAGAUGUCAGCAAAUGUACACAUGAACUCAAUAGCAUGAGCAACUGUUAGUUUCACUGUACUGCCAUUGUAAAAUAAUAAAACAUUG